CACCAGUGUGAACACACAUUUUGGGCCCAAAGUAUAAAAUUAAUGUAGUUUUUUCCACAUUUUGCCGACCUGUAGCGUUUCGUAAAACAAUUUUAUGUUGUAUUUGUUUCGCAUCCAAUUAUCUUUUGUCCACUUUUUGUGCAAAAAAAAUGAAACGUGUCAGCGUUGUUUUGACAUUUGAAAAUGACACAUCCGUAUAGGUUAGGUUUAAGUGAUAAGGAGUGAUAUGUUUGUGAUAAAACGCGACCUAAACCACCCAACACGCCUAAAAAUUCAAAUCCCCACAUUCCCAAAUAAUGGAAAAUGAAAACGAGGUGCACCGUGGCUUCCUUUUGCUACCACCAAGUGGUAAACUCUUGAUGAAGAAAUCCUGGCAGCAGAAAUACUGCUACUUGUACAAAGCCAGUAAGUUUGGGAUUGAAAGACUGGAAAUCUACGACAGUCCGGACAAAAGUAAAGGUCCUCCGGUCCGGAUAAUAACCUUAAAAAACUGCAUCAAGCUCACACCGGAAGCCGACACCCGCUUCACGAUCACCACCAAAGCCAACGCUUGCCCGUACGAAUUCUGCGCCUUGAAUUUCGAGGAGAAGCAGAAGUGGUUGUCGGCUUUUCAGGCGGUGGCGUUUCCUGAUGAUGUUUCCGCGUUGACUAGCAUUGAAGAAGACAAUGAUUUGUAUUGUUCCUCGGGUGAGGGGAUUUUUAAUGUGAGGAUUCACCCUUCAGCGGCGUCGGAAAGGUGUGGACUUGAUAGCGGGUCAAUGUAUACUUUAGUGCUGACUUCGACUGCCAUGCAGUUGAAGAGCCCCUUUGAUGGGGCUGUUUUAUACACUUGGCCGUAUUGUUUUAUAAGGCGGUAUGGGUACAAGGGGGGGAAGUUCACGUUUGAAGCCGGGAGGAAGUGCGAUUCGGGGGAAGGGACCUUUUUUUUGGAGCAUUCCAAUCAACAAGAGAUAUUCAGAGUCCUCUCCUCGAAAAUGAAAUCAAUGAAGAAACUCCUCAAAGAAGACUCCAACCCGUCGCUGCCGCUGCUCGAAUGUGGCGACAACCAAUUCCACGCCGCUCUCAGUAUGGAGGCCCGAUCUCGCAGUCCCUUGCCUCCCUCGCCCACCGCCUCGACCACCCUCCACGACAUCGACUCCAGCACCUCCUCCACCUCCAGCAUCCUCGAAACCCGCCCGAAACCGGUGAAACCGCCGCGAAAAUCCCUCGCCACCAAGCAGAUAAACACGUACGAGCCCAUCGACAAGUACGACAAAAUCGAGUACCGGAACGACGCCUGGAAGACGCUCGGCGUCGACGACGUCCGCCACACCGAGAACCCGGGCGUCGGCGACGACGACGAGGUCUACAUGUCCUGGGGGGACCAGAAGACCUCCCCCAGCAUCAUCCCCGCGCACAAGGCGCCCAAGAUAAUCACGCAGACCUCGAUUGAGGACAAUUACGACAAGUUGGAUUUUUUCGGGUCGUCGAAUAAGUUGAAUGUGAAGUCGGGGUAUAAGCAGAUUUCGGUGGCUUCGGGGUUGAAUACGGUGACGGCGCCGGCGUUUAAUGACUAUGAUGAGGUCCAGCCGGCUCUGGAGGAGAUCCGGCUGGCGGAUGAUAAGCAUCUGGGGUAUGCACUGGUGAGGAAGAGUUCGGGGAAGGAGUUGAAAAAUGUCGAUCAUGAUUUUCACAAUAAUGAACCGUAUGCGGUUAUAAGUAAGCCAAAAAGAGUCUAGUCGGGAGUUUGCCAUUUGACUUAGAAGUAUUCCGAUUUGCUUUAAAUAAAUUCAUUGGAGUUUCCGGUGCCAUGCGAAAUUUUUUAACACGAAGGAAGUUUAUUGUGAUUCUGGUGCAAACAUUACGAAAGUAUUUAUCAAGUAUUUCGAUACUUAAUAGUUUUAUUUUUUGUAUUUUAUACAGCAAUAUUUUACAGUUUUUAUUAUGCUUUUAUUAUGAUGUAUUGCCUUAUAAUUAUUAAAGAUUAUAUAUUUUUA